UGGGAACAAUAGAUAUUAAAGUUGUCUUUGUGAGCUCUUUCGUGCGUGAAAUGUUAGGAGAUUCUCUAGUGAAAGAAUUGGCCAAAGAGUGGGAAGACUUCCACGUAAAUAAUAACAAUGAAGAUGUCAUUGAUAUCAACACUGAUCGAAAUCAUGAAAUACAGCUUAAUUUUCAGGGAAAGGAGCUUGAUUCAUACAUUUUUAAAAUAGAUGUUUUAAAGCUUGACAAAGAUGGUUUUGUUGUUCAUCACUUUGAAAAAAUUCGAGUAAAUUUUCCUGCUAAAGGAUAUUUGGAGGUGAGAGAAAGUGAAAACAGAAAUUCGAAGUGGAAGCUGAAUGUUGACGAAGAAAACUCACAGGGAGCCGUGAUAAAUAAAGAAGAGUGGAAAUACAUUGAUGAAUCAACGAAACAUAGAGAAUUGCUUUUAAAAUUGAUUGAAUAUGGACGCAAUCCCAGUGUUGAGGUUAAAGAGGUGGGCAAUGCGUGUAAUAUUCUCAGAAGAAUUUUGCAUUGGCGAAGGAAGUGAUGCAACCCGUGUUUUUCUUGGACUGGGUAAGGAUGGUUACGGUAAAGCAGUGAAACGAAUACAUCGAGAUAAAUUUAUCCAGCUUGCACAUCACGAAAAGGAAGUUUUAAAUGAAUUCCAUGCAAAGAAUUCGAAAUAUGUUGUGAAUUAUUUCUACUUAGAAGAAGAUAUUGGAACGGAUUAUGUUUAUUUGAUAUUAGACUUAUGUGAAGAAUCACUGGUGAAGUUUGUGAAAGAUUCUACUUUGCAUGAUCUUCAAAAAGCUCUUCCUGAUAUUCUUAGACAAAUUUUAGAAGGAUUAGCUGAUCUUCAUAGCGGCCCAAGUCCUAUUCUACAUCGGGAUUUGAAGCCUUCCAAUGUUCUGCGAGACUCAAAAAGCAAAUUUCUGAUAGCUGACUUUGGCAUAAGUCGAAUAAUGAAGAAUGACACUACAACAUAUAAAAGCAAUACUUCCAUGGGAACUGUGCAUUGGAUAGCUCCUGAAUCAUAUCGCGAAGGUGACGAUUCACUAAAUAAAGCGCGUUACAAUAGAAGGUCUGAUGUAUAUAAUGCAGGGAUGGUAGCUUAUUAUGUAGCAACGAAAGGAAAGCAUCCUUUUGGAAUUGAACGGCAUAGACUGGACAACAUGCUGAAUGGAAACCCUGUUGGUUUGAAAGAAAUCAAGGAUGAAACACUAAAGGACCUUCUGUCGUGGAUGUUAAAUCUAAAACCUGAAGACAGACCAUAUUCUAACGAAGCAUUAAAACACCCAUUUCUUAUGUCAGAUGAGGAGAAGUUUGAAAUGUUAAGUAAAGUUGGGAAUCUUCAACAGAUUAAGACAAAUGAUCCCCAGUCAAAUUUCGUUCAAAAAUUGAAUAGCGAAUCCGUACUUUGGAAAAGUCAAAUAAAUUGUGAUGUUUAUGAUUAUUUGGUGAAUAGAAGGAAGUAUGAAUCUUCAUGGACAGAAUGCUUAAGACUUAUACGAAAUAUUCACCAGCAUUGGAACGAACGAACAUGGUCAAGACCACAACCAGAACCAUUUUAUAAGAUUGGCGAUUACAGGGCGUAUUUUCUCCGAACAUUUCCUAAUCUCCCUGUUCGGGUGCAUGCUGCUGUCAGGUCAAAUGAAGAAUUGAAAAACGAACUAGAACUCUAGAAUAUUUUUAAUUUUAAUGAAAGCGAACUAAAUCAAUAAACAAUAUUUUGGUUAUUUUAUGCACUGUAGUCCUGACAAUUAUUUCGUGCCUAAAUCCAUACAACUAAAAUGCAAGUGCUAUGUAUUUAAAAUUUCUUAAAUGAAUAUUGAAUAUACACCAAAAUACACUUAAGGUUAACUACGGCGCCCUCUAUUGCCUAUAUUCUAAAAACUCUCUCACAUUCACAUUUACUGAGUAAAGUUUCAAAAUAAUCUUAUAA